AUGCAACCAGAGCCAACUCCCGUGUCUCAACAUACGCCCCCCGUUGACUCAUCCCCAAUCAAUCGCUGCUCCACCCAGCAUGGACAUGACCUCGAUGACGCUGAAGUCUCUGGCUUCCCCCGAAAGGAGGCCAGUGACCCAGACGUCUCGAGCAUGCCAAGUCAAAACAACCUCCUCCCGUCCGUGAACGACGACCGUUCAGCCCCACCAUCCGUUCAAGUGAACCAGCAUGUGAAUGCUGGGUCUCCCCCAAGAAAACCUGUUAACAUUGCACCCCGUGUGGCAUUUGCUGAAUCGUCAGAGACAAUCCUUGAGGCUUUCCCAAAUGAGGUCCUCACCCACAUAUUGUCGCACUUAUCUCCUGAGUCCUUGUCUGCGAUCACUUUGGUGUCGCGUCGAUUCCAUGCGCUAGUAACGACACCGCAUGCAUGGAGAGUCGCUUUCUCUCGCUUCUUCCCCGGACCUCGAACCGUCGAAGACGGUCGGCGCACCACGGUGAAUGAGGCAGACGUGCAGUCAGACAGGCGCUUUUUCACUAGGCUGACUGCGUUGGCAUCAUGGCGUAGCGAGUACAUCUUACGUACCCGUCUGAUGCGAUCGCUUUCUCGGGGUAAGCCCGCGCAAUUCGAUCCCACCAGGACUGGUCAUGUCCGUUCAGUGCGCGCUCGCCAUGGAAGUGCAGUUGCGACAUAUACCUCACAGUUGCAGUACCCAGUCAGCCACAUUCAUGCGACAUUCAACCCCGAGAAGGAUCCUCUCUUCAUCCACGGAGCUGCAGAGCAGGGUAUUGCGUCUGCAAGUGACCCCUCGACCGUCAAAGUUGGCACCUGGGGCAUUUCAGACCACCAAAUGUUCCGUCAUUUUGCCGAUCUCUUUCCCGGGGAGGCACAGCAUGGACUCGGAUCUGGUGAUUUGGUUGGCAUGCCCAAUCUGAUGGAUGUCAGCCAACCAUAUGGUAUGAUAUAUGGCGAGGGAUGUCCUCAAGGACGUAGCUACUUCAUCUCAACGACGGAGCAGCGUGGCCGCUUUCUGGGAGCGUCGGAGCUGGGCUCUCACCCACCACUUGGCAUUCCAGCUGUGAACCUCAUCACGCAGGCUACCUGUUCGGUGUGGAUCGCCAAGUCCUCUCAUAUCUUGAAGAUGACCCAGGGACUUAUCGGUAUGAUGUCUGGUUCCUCUUCGGGUGUGUUGACAGCCUAUUCCAUUGGGCCUCAUCCUGUAUACGAUAGACGGUACGCGCCGGGUCAGGUCACUGCCAGAUGGGUUCUGUGCCCGGGCGUGCCUAUCAUCGGCAUUGCCGUGGAUGAUCAAUUUUCACCCAAACGGCAUUCAGAUCGCCGCAUCUGGGCUGUUGCUCUGAAUGCUCUCGGUGAAAUCUUCCAUCUGACCGAGGUCCCUCGAGCACCAGAGAUCCCACUCACGGCAAAACUAAAUGCUGAGCAGCUUGAUGAGAUCGCUUGGACGACCGGUAGGACUGUAUACUGGGAGAUGGUCGAAUCCAGCAGGCGCGUGGCCCGCCCUGAUCCAUUCAAUCGCGAAUUGGUAGACGGCAGCUACAGUCCACGGUCGUCUUCCAACUCCAUGGGCCUUAGUGAAAACCAGAUCGCUGCUGAAACCAAGGAGAUCGAGAAGUUCAUCUCAUUCAAACCCAAGUAUUUCCGCAAGGCCUGUGAGAGUUGGGACAUGGAGCGCGAUCUCAAGGUUGACUUUGCGGGUGGUGAUGGUCGCGAGGCCGGCGAGUCGAUUAUUGUAAUCGCACGUGGCUCGAGCGAGGACAAGAAGGCAUCGAUUCGUCGCUUCACGCGGAUCUCAUCUCAGUCUGAAUUGCGUUCUUCAAGUACACCAGACUCGCCCAUUAAAGCCACCGAACCCCCCAAAUCACUCUUUGGUGGCCCUGUCGAUGUUCCAACCCCGACCUUACCCACCAGUCUUCCGCCCUCUCGAGCCUCAGCUUGGUCAAAGGAGAAAUCGACUCAGUUUGAGUGGCGAAUUUCGGAUCUUGAUUUUGGCGAUCGGAAGUCCGUGGAAGUCACCACGAGCGCGCUUGAUGUCUCUACCUUCGCUACACUCACAGUACAAGAGGACCCCCUCUUGGCAAUGUCCGGAAGCUCUUAUUCUUCCGCAUCAUCGUCUCCUAUGCUGCCACACAUGGAUCAGCCACGGUCAGCCCUCGAAGUCCCUGGGCAACGUGCUCGAUACUUAGCGGUAGGAACUAGCAUGGGAUCUGUAUACGUUUGGGACAUCCGAGCGCCGGCGGCACAGUCAGCCGAUGUCGUUAAAUGCAUAUCUCCACUGCGCAUCAUUCAUACGGAAUCGCCUAGGGUAUCUUGCCUGGGUAUUACCUCCUUGUACUUAGUACACGGUGGCAAUGAUGGCCUUGUUCAAGCCUGGGACCCACUGGCAUCUUCUACUAAGCCCAUUCGCACGAUCAGCUCACGUUUCUCCCAACGUGCCCGUCGCCAGCUCAUUCAGGCAGAAGCAUCUGUACUGGGAGUUGGCAACAAUUACUAUGCUACAGGUGCUAUCUGUCUCGACACAGACCCGACAGUUCUUCGCGGCAUGGUGUCACUGGGUACGCACUUGCGCUAUUGGUCAUACAGCUCCUCCGGGGCUGAUAAGUACAAGACUAGCAAGCGUCGCCUGCGUCGCCUAAUGCGUACAGGCAAUGGAGGUGGAGAAGGCCAGCGAUUCAACAACAGCGGCCGGGGCGCAAUCGAUGACUUCAUUGAAGAUGAACGAGUCGAGAUGCAGCGUCAGAAAAUUGCAGAUGAGAAAGAACGAGCACACCUGAGCGCACGGUUUGGAGUUGAUCUUCUGGGCUCGGAUAUUGAUGAAGAACAGCUCCUCGCAUAUGCGCAACUGCUCAGCGAGGAGGCCUUUUCAAGUGAUGUUGCAAAAACCAAUGACAGCGCAGCGGUAUCUAGCUCAGUCACCAGUGCUUCAUUUGACACCGUUGGACCUAGUUCUUUUGGUCACGGUGAGAUCUCAUCUUCAUCGUCGCCCUGCCAAGAGCCCGCAGAUGAGACUGUUGACGACGAACUUGCCGAGGCAAUUCGCCUUAGCCUGCUUGAUGAGCAGCAUGCGUCCUAUGACGCAACGCCAUCUAUUCCCAUUAAGUACGCCAAGGGGGUGCAACGCCGUGACUUGUCGCCGGACGCACAUAAGGCUGAGGGAAGCGGACAGCAAGAAAUGGAUGAUCUUGAGUUCGCCAUUCAACUGAGCUUGGCCGAGGGCAAGAGUCGGGAGGAGGAGCAGGAAUGGGAACAGUUCCCAGCUCUUGCGCCUUCCUCGCCGGCAGGGAAGGGCAAAGGGAAAGCGAGGGCAUAG